AGGCUGUGUCAUUUUAUGUUAGUAGUGAUGUGGAACUGCAAUAGUGGAAAUAUGACGAAAAGAAAUUUGUUUAUUAAUAUAGUAUUUCUACUUAUUGCAAUAUUAUUUAGUGCAAUAUCACCAUGUUCAUCUGCAUUGUCGAACGAACGAUUAUGUUAUGACGCUGAAUGUUCCGUGCCUGUAUCGUUGGCCAGAACGUCGCUAAAGUAUAGUCCAAAUGAAGCAGGGUUAUUACCAUUUGACAUUAAUGUUGAAGUCAAAGUUUACAGUAAAGAAGCAGGCAGUAGAACUGACUUAUGGGGUGUAGAGAUAAAUGGCAAACGUGGAUAUGCACCUAAAAGUUUUUUGAAAGAACAUAAAAUUUUACAUAAGGAUUUGCGUUUUAAAGUGCCUAUUACACAAUUACCUAAUAAUAAUAAUAAAUCUGAUAAAAUACUUCAGCCUAAGGUGGACAAUGUUAAGUUGAAUUCUGUCAAAGAUGAUACCAAUUCUGUCAAAGAUAAUCCCAAUAUAAAGAAUACAGAAGAACUGCCACGCAAUGUAAUUAAUGCAACUCCUUCAUAUGAAAUUAUAGAUGGAACCACAUUGCAUUUAGAUGGUAAUGAGUCUCCUAUACAACCAACAGUUAAAACAGAAACUGUUCAAGCAACAGUAGUGCCAAAUAAAAAAGAUGUAAUAAAUACUUUGACAAAAAGUUCUGAUAGUGAAAAAGUUGAAACCAUCUUUGCAGAAGGUAUCAAGUUACCAAAACAAAUCUUGAACAAUGAGAUUAAUGACAGAGAAACUAUUCCUCAGAAAGCUGAUAUUAAGAAUUUUGUAACAAGCUCUGAAGAGAUAUUAGAUUUACCACACAUAACUGGUGUACAAGUUCCACUGAAACCAUUGGAAACAAACACAAAUAUAAAUGGUAAUAUUCAUAGCGAAGAAAAAACUACAAUACAGAAAAUAGAAACUAACACAACUACUGAAGUGAAAAAUGUAGAAUCUCUGAAGAAAUUGAAUGAAAUUAAUGUCCUAGAAAUACCUGUAUCUAAUAAUGGCAAAGAAAUAAUUAAUAAAGAUACUCUUAAAGAUACAGCAGUUAAUGAAUUCAACAAAAAUGAUAAUGGCAAAUCUAAUGAAGGAAUUAUAAGUAAAGAUAUUAAAGUAAAUAUAGAAACUACACAAAAUGUAGUUCCAUUAAAGGACACUGCUAAAAUAAAUUGGUUGGGAAAUGCUACUUCGUUAAAAACAGAGCAAAUUAAAUUGAAAGAAGACAUCAAAACACCUGAAAACAAAUUAACAAAUCCUGAUACAGAAGCAAAAGAUAUAACAAAAGAAACAUUCAACUUAAGUAUUCAAGGGGUAGUAGGCGAAACUAAUUCAAAACCAACAUCUGAAGAGCCAAACCAUACAACCUUUCCAAGUUUUCCAAUAAAAAAUAACUUACCCAAUCAAUCUGACAGUAAAAAAGAUCAAAAAAGUACUACUACUGCAACAGCUUCAACUACUUCUCAGAGUACAGAUCAGAAAUUUAAAGAAAAUAUCAGUGACGGAGGUGGCAAUAAAGCUGAUGGUAAAAUAUCUAUAGAUGCAGCAAAAGUUUCAAUUAUUUCUCAGGGUAAAGAUCUUAAUCUUAAAGAAGAUAGUAAUGCCAAAUCCAAUAUUAAAGAGAGUGGUAACUAUAAGGAUGAAGGUAAAAUACCUUUGGUUACAACAACAACAGCUUCAGCUACUCAAAAUACAGUUCAGAAUCUUAAAGAAAGUGGCAAUGCCAAUAUUGUUGGUAAAGAUGGGGGGUAUAAAGAUGAAGAUAAACCAGCUUUCAAUAAAGCACCAGCUUUAGCUAUUUCUCAGGGUACAGAUCUGAAUCUUAAAGAAGAUAGUAAUGCCAAAUCCAAUAUUAAAGAAGGUGGUGACUAUAAGGAUGAAGGUAAAAUACCUUUGGAUACAACAAAAACAGCUUCAGCUACUCAAAAUAUAGUUCAGAAUCUUAAAGAAAGUGGCAAUGCCAAUAUUGUUGGUAAAGAUGGGGGGUAUAAAGAUGAAGAUAAACCAGCUUUCAAUAAAGCACCAGCUUUACCUAUUUCUCAGGGUACAGAUCUGAAUCUUAAAGAAGAUAGUAAUGCCAAAUCUAAUAUUAAAGAAGAUGGAGGCCAUAAGGAUGAAGGUAAGAUACCUUUGGAUACAACAACAACAGCUUCAGCUACUCAAAAUAUAGUUCAGAAUCUUAAAGAAACUGGCAAUGCCAAUAUUGUUAUUGGCAAAGAUGCUGGCUAUAAAGAUGAAGAUAAACCAGCUUUCAAUAAAGCUCUAGGCUCAUCUAUUUCUCAGAGUACAGAUCUGAAUCUUAAAGAAAGUGGUAAUGCGAAUAUUGUUAAUGACAAUGAUGGCGGUUACAAAAAUGAAGGUAAACUAGCUUUUGAUAAAGCACCAGCUUCAACUACCUCUGAGGGUACAGAUAUGAACCAUAAAGAAAAUGGUAAUGCCAAUGUUGUGACGGGAAAAAACAGUGACUCUAAAGAUGAAGGUAAACAAUUCUUUGAUACAACAGCUUCACCUUCUCCUCAUGAUACAGAUCGAAACCUUAAAGAAAGUAGUAAUGUCAAUAUUGUUACAACAACUUCAACUACUCCUCAGAAUACACAUCAAAAUUUUAAAGAAAGUAAUAGUGUCAACGUUAUUGCCCGCGAAGAAGAUGGCUCUAAAAGCGGAGAUAAAAUAUCUUCCGAUAAUGCGACAGCUUCUGCUACUUUUCAGGAUAUAAAAGAUAAUAUUUUAAAGAAUGAUAUCGAUAUACAUGUUAAGAAUGAGACCGAUGACUCUCGUUUUAUUGUAUCCCGUGAAUUAAAUGCACCCCAUCUGCCUGAAGGUAAAGAGUCUACCCCAGAUUUACCUGCAUCACAAUAUACUAACGAAAAAAGUAUGGUCUUCAAAAAUAUUGCAAGCAUUAAUGAAUUUCGUAACCGAAAUUUAUUGGAUGCCGAUGAUCAAAUUGAGAGCGUAGAGAGCGUGGGGCUAGAUGAAGUUGAGCAAUUCAAAGAUGAAGCCUUAUACGAAACUGAAGGUGGCACAAUGGUACAGGAUAAGAAUUUGUACGAAAGAUCAGACAACGAGGACACAGUCGUAAAAUACGAUAUGUUAGACAAUAUUUUACAUGAUGUAAAAGUUUCUCCACCUGACGUUUGUGCGGCUGAUAAUACCGAUUGUUCCAUUGAAGAUAAUAUUAACGAGAAUGCUGUAAUCGAAGGAAUAAAAAUCGAAACCAGUUACUGGUUGACGUUAAUGUAUUUAACGAUUACUGUGACUGCGACUCUUAUAUUUUCCUUAGGAUUCUAUUACAUCGAGAAUAUGAGGCGAGAUCAACAAUUGAUAGCCAAGAUCAAUAAACUUGAAAAAGAUCUACUUAUUUCAACAAAGGAAUGUACGAUGAUGAGUGAAAAUUUGAAGCUAACAACAGAUAAGUUGACUUCCAUUGAAGAUGAAUCAUUUGGAUCCAACGAAAUGGUAUCCUCUUUAAAGGCCGACUUGGAAGCUUUGCGGAAUUCGAAGGCAGAACUGGAAGACCACGUUGCCAUGUUAGAGAAAGAUUUAGAAAGCGCUACCGAAGCAGGGUUAGAAUUGGAACGAAUGUUACGAGAAGUCCUCUCGUCUGAUAACGAAGUUAACCCAUUAGCCCAAUCAGUAGAGAAUCUGCAAACAAGAUUGAAUGCUCAGCAAGCUGCAAAUGAAUCUUUAACGAAUGCCCUUAAUCUCAAAACUCAGGAGCUUGAAUUCGAUAAACUUGAGAACGAAUCGUUAUCAGCGGAGUUGACAUCUUUUAAGAAAAAAUAUGAAGAACUUGAGGUUGAGCUCGUUCGUGUUACGGAUAAUUUGACGCUUCAAGUCAACAAUAAGAAGAGCGUAGAACAGACGUUGACUGAUAAGGUACAACAAUUAGAAAUGCAAACCAAGGAAAUUUCUGUCGAAAAAGUAGCCUUACAGAAAGAGUUGAAAGCUAAAGAAAUAGAAACGAAAGAUCUUCUGGACGUUAUUAAUCGACUAAAUUCUAAUAACUUGGAUUUGGAUAAGUUAUACGAUGUAUCUCGUAUUAAAGCGGAAGCAACCGCUUUGCUCGAAGAACGAAACGAAUUAAAAAUACAAUUAACCGAGAUCGAGGGUGCUCACAGUUUACUAGAGGAACAUGUAAAGGUUAUCAAAGAGGAGGUUGCUACAUUGAGCAAACAGUGCAAGGUGGCUGAAAAAGUGAAAAAAGAUGCGGAGACGCGACUCGAAGUGCUAUCAAAUUUUUUCCAAGAAAAAGAAGCUCAAAGACAAAAGGAAGAAGCUGUUUGGUUGCAACAGCAGGGUGAAGUUUUAUCUACCGUAGAAAGAAUACAGAUGAUGCAGAAUGAAAUACAAAACUAUAAACAACAAAUAGAAAUGUUGAAACAUGAAAUAUUAGACCAGGAAAGGGAAUAUAAAAAUCAGAUUUCCGUUCUUGAAACGAAAGCACACGAGCAAUGGGUAAUAGCGCGUCAAGUUGAACGACGUUUAGAGGAGUCCAAAGUCGAAGCAGGGCAAUUGCGUAACCGGUUGACCCUUAUCGAAAAGAAUAUUAACGAAGCAGAUUCCGAAGCAAAAUUACAUCGCCUGGAAGCAAAUGGAGAGACGGCAACGUCGUCUUCAUUAUUCAUAGGAGCAGAGUCGUCCAACUCCCCUAUAAUGUUUUCUGGUUCUUCGAAUGUUCCACCUCCGCCGCCGCCAUCCUACCUUCAUUCCCUGUUUCCUCCUUAUUUACCACCCCCGUUACCUAGUGGGUCUGGUGUACCUCCGUACGAAGUUAGUCAACGACCACCGCCAUUGGGUGGUCGAUUAUCCUCGCCGCCACCUAUGCCUUUACAUCCUCCUGCUUCCAGCAGGUACGAUACCGCAGGUUCCCCACCACCAAUGUCUCCACAUCUACUUCCGCCCUUCAAUCAUAGGUCACCGCCACCACCGUUUGGCAGUGAUCACAUUCAUCCACCUCCUCCACCUUCUGGCUCGAUAUUGCCUCGACCCCUGGGAACGAUGCAUUCAUGGGGGGACGAAUCACUGCCGCCUCCACGCAAUUCUGGUUUCCAUCCGUCACAGCGAGAUCGAGUACGAAAUCACAAAGGUUCCUUGCAUUCUUCGGGAGAAUCGUUGGACAAGACGCAUCAUAACAGCAAAGUUUAAUUCUUUUAUUUUGUUACAAAGCAUCAUCAUACAUACAUCAAAUUUGUCAUCAUAGUAAUGGGAUUCUCAAGUGUAUAAAAUUUCGAUAAAUAAUUAACAGCGAUGCAAGAUAUAUUAAUGCUAGUAGAAGAACCAGCAUUUAUUUUUGGUGAAAUAAACGCAUAUUUAGGUUGCUACACAAAUACGUCUGUCGAAUGUCAUCGCUGUUAUACCAAAAAAAGGGAGAACAAAUUGUAAAAAUGUUUCUUUAUGUAGUUAUGUAUAAUUCUUUGUUCAAAUGUAAAACUUACUUGUCUUCGUAAAUCAUUCGAACGGGAAUUAAAUUGUAAUAUGAAUUUAGACUAAAUGCAAUUGUUAUAUAAGGUUUUAAAAAAUUGAAAUAAAUCGUAAUUUAUUAUUACUUUA